ACUCAAGUGUUUCCUUUAUUUUGCCAGAACCUGUACAUUGUACUUGAAGAUCUUCGAGUUGUACAAAUACAGUGAGCUCCAAAAGUAUUGGGACAGUGACAACUUGUUUUGUUUGUUUUGGCUCUGUACUCCAGCUCUUUGGAUGAAAUGAUAAUGACCAUGGAGGAUAAAGUGCAGACUCAGCUUCAGUUGAAGAAUGCGAUCCUGGCUCAUGUGGGCUAAGCCCACCCUUCUGUCUCAGUGGGGACCCCCAAGCUGGGUAUAUAACUCUUCUAGAGAUGGUCCUCUCUCAGCCUCCACCUCGACACACACACACUCUCGCUUACACACUCCCCCGUCCAGGACAAUGGCCCCCAAGAAGCCCGAGCCGAAGAAGGAGGCGGCAAAAUUGAACCCACCAGCUUUGGAGCCAGAGGAGCCCAGGGAGCCCGAAUUUGACCCCAAAAGCAUUGCGAUUGAGUUUACUGCAGACCAAAUUGACGAGUUCAACGGGGCCUUCAUGUUUUUCGACAGGACCCCCAAAAGCGAGAUGAAGAUAUCUUACGCCCAGUGUGGUGACGUGAUGAGGGCUCUGGGCCAGAACCCCUCCAUCAAAGAGGUCAUGAGAGUUCUAGGGAAACCCAAGAGCAAAAAAAGAAGAUGAAAGAGAAGGAGGUCGAGGAAGUGAUGGAAGGACAAGAGGACGGCAAUGGCUGCAUUAACUACGAAGAAUUCAAGAUGUCGCUGACCUGAAUCUUUCUUUUGUUCCUCUCCCCUUUUGUUCAAAUCUUUGUCCUCAAUGUGUGUUACUCAUUCUGUCUAUGUGUGUGUGAGCGGAUGUGUGUGUCACAACGUUUUUGACAAUGAAAAUAAAUGUUCAGGGUCAAACAUCUAGGUCCAAAGCAAUGUUAAUCUUUAUUUCCAUGGUGUGGUUGAGUGACUGUUGCAAAGUGACAAUAUUGAGAGAUGGUAACUAUGUCCUAUAUGGUGUGCACUUCCUCUGAAAUAGGAGUGCGGUGUAAUCCCUAAAGUGGGGGAGAUCCUCUCCUUCUUUGGUGGUCCCAUUGAAAUCCAUUACGUAAUGGGUCUCUAGUGCAUUCUUAGGUUUCACAUGUCAAA